AUGGAGAAGAUGGAAGAUGGAGGAAUCUUGACAUAUAAUGGUAGAUAUGUAAUGUACAAUGUACUCGGUAACAUUUUCGAGCUAUCUUCAAAAUACAUUCCUCCUAUUCAACCUGUCGGCCGAGGUGCCUAUGGUAUCGUCUGCUGUGCGACAAACUCAGAGACAAGCGAAGAAGUUGCUAUAAAGAAGAUAGCAAAUGCGUUUGACAACAGAAUUGAUGCUAAAAGAACUCUCCGGGAGAUCAAACUACUUUGCCACAUGGAUCACGAUAAUGUUAUCAAAAUGAAAGAUAUAAUCGAGCCACCAGAGAAGGAGAGAUUCGAGGAUGUGUACAUUGUUUAUGAAUUGAUGGAUACUGAUUUGCAUCAGAUCAUAAGAUCCAGUCAAGUUCUAACAGACGAACAUUGUCAGUACUUCCUCUACCAAAUCUUGAGAGGCCUGAAGUACAUACACUCUGCAAAUGUACUACACCGCGAUCUGAAACCAAGCAACUUGGUUCUAAAUUUGAAUUGUGAUCUUAAAAUAUGUGACUUUGGGCUUGCAAGAACAUCGAAUGAGUCAGACAUAAUGACAGAAUAUGUUGUGACAAGAUGGUACCGUGCACCCGAAUUGCUUCUCAACUGCUCGGAAUACACAGGAGCUAUUGAUAUUUGGUCUGUUGGUUGCAUUUUCAUGGAGAUACUAAGAAGAGAGACGCUUUUCCCCGGUAAAGAUUAUGUUCAGCAGCUGAAACUUAUCACUGAGCUAUUAGGUUCACCAGAUGACUCCGAUCUUAACUUCCUGAGAAGCGAUAAUGCACGCAAGUACGUAAAACAACUCCCACAUGUUAAAAAACAAUCAUUCAGACAAAAAUUCCCAGAUAUAUCUCCAAUGGCUCUAGAUCUUGCUGAAAAGAUGCUAGUUUUCGAUCCUUCUAAACGAAUCACAGUGGAGGAAGCAUUGAAGCAGCCAUACUUGGCAAGUCUCCAUGAGAUCAAUGAAGAACCAACAUGUCCUUCUCCUUUCAGCUUCGACUUUGAAGAGACAACUUUGGAUGAACAAGACAUCAAGGAGCUUGUCUGGAGAGAGUCUUUACACUUCAAGGACAAGUAA